CCUACCUGCCGGGGGUAGGGCUGUGGGGAGGCGUGAGGGAUAACUACAGAAGGUUCUAGUGGAGGCGCCACUCUUGAAAUGAAGGUUUUAUGGCUCUGCUGGGCUGGGUCGGCCUGGUGGCGCGCACCGCCAUCCCGCAGUGGCACGUGAGCUCGCAGGAGGGCGACAACAGCAUCACCGGCCAGGCGAGGUACAAGGGGCUGUGGAUGGACUGCGUCACGCAGGGCACCGGCGUGUUGAGCUGCAAGAUCGGCCACACAGGCCACCUGGUGGCGGCGUCCCGGAGGCUGGGCUUCCUGGCCACGCUCGACACGAUGGGCACGAGGUGUGCAAGCUGCAGGGGAGAGGACCAAGUGAAGAGGGCCCGGGUAGCCCUGACGGGAGGCAUUAUUUUCAUCGUGAAAGGCCCUGCUGCCUCCAACAGGAUAGCUUGUUCUGGCGUGGCCACCAGAUUGUCACAGACUUUUACCACCAGCCUGAACAAGCACCUCAGGACAUGGUGGACAGACAGCCUGACCGCCAGAGAGCUCCGUAUCCGCAAGGCCAGCGUCUCUCUGCAGGAGCAGCUGUGGGCGCUGAGCAGAGGGGAGCACGUCCCCUCCCGUCAAAGGGAGAAGGUGUCCUGGCUGUGCGCUGGGCCUGCUGCUCCCGGGCGCCUCUGCUCAGCACCCCCUCCCCCAUCGUGUCAGUCUUGCAGCCGCACGGCCUCGCCUCUCAGCACCGUUGUUUCUGAAGCACUGCCACCCCCUCUGCGGGUCCUUCCCGAGCGCCAGGUGUAA